GGAGGAUAUGAAGAGGGGCGAGGCGAGGAGAGGGGAUCGGGGGCAAGGUGCGAGGGGAAGGUGCAAGAGAAGUGCCUGCGCAGGCAACGGUACACCCGGUGUUUGCUAGUAUGUGUGCGCCCCUCCCCCCACCCUCACCCUUGUCCUCGCCACCUUCUCCGUGCGCAUCAUGGGCACGCAUCGCGCUGCCUUCCCCGCCCCCUCUAUUGCGCUCGAUCAACGCGAUCCUACGCGCAUCGAGCACGCUCAUCACCCUCCUUUCCGCUCCCCUCUCACGCUGUCGUGCGCGCUACCGAGCCCUAGCGGCGCGUUGAGCGCGAGUGAGAUUUCUCACUCGUGCUCUUGUGCUUUUUACUUUCCCCCCUUCCCUCCCCCUUACCUACUCUCUAGAAUAUGUAUGCACUUUGAAUGAAUGUUUAGAUUACUAUUUCUUACA